AUGGCGGUCAGCAAGAACAAGUGCCUUACGAAAGGCGGCAAAAAAGGAGCCAAGAAUAAAGUGGUUGAUCCAUUUUCAAAGAAAGAUUGGUAUGAUGUAAAAGCACCGGCAAUGUUUAAUAUAAGAAAUAUUGGAAAAACACUAGUCACAAGAACUCAAGGAACCAAAAUCGCAUCUGACGGCCUCAAGGGUCAUAUGUUUGAAGUAAGCCUUGCUGAUCUGCAGAAUGAUGAA